CUCAGAACCAGCAUGGGUGCGCCAGCGCAGCUGACGACGGCUACAGCGCACGGAUCAUGAUGAUGAAGGCUCUGGCGACGACCACGACAACGAGGGCGGUGAGGCCGUUGGUCGCCACUCACGUGCCAGUCAGGCGCGCCCCGUCAGGUCGCCCAGUCCGGGCGGUGAGGCCGUUGGUCGCACGAGGCCAAGUCGGCCCAGAACGUCCCAGAAGGCUUUCAGAGAGCGCUCCGGAGCUCGCUCCCAGAACGACCGUGGCGCGCGGUGCGCCUCCAGACCCGCAAGCUCUCAAUGGCUCCCCACCUGUCUUCGUACGAACUUGCCCUUGUUUUGCCGCCGUCUUAGCCAGGAUCACCUCCGGCAACCUCCGACCUCCUGCCUCCGCGCCGCCCGCCUCUCCAUGACGGCGGCAGAGGGGGCCCGGAGCAUGGGCGCGGAGCGCGGGUACCUCGAUGGCGGGCCGGGGCAGCAGGACGUCUGGCUGGACCACGGCGAGGCCCUGCGGCGGGAGGCGGAGUGGCUCGAGAGCCGGGGCGCGGAAGGUGCCCUCGGCAGGCUUGGAGCUCUCCGCGGGCCUGGGGGCCUCGGGGUGUGCUUCUCCGGCGGCGGCAUCCGCUCCGCCAACAUGUGCCUCGGCAUGCUGUGGCGUCUUGCCGAGGGGGGCCUCCUCCCGGAGGUCGCCCACCUCUCGGCCGUCUCCGGCGGAGCGUUCGCCAGCUCGGCCUUUGCCACGCACCUCGUGGCUCUCUAGCUCGGGGGAGUACGACUGGGGCCGGAGUGGUGUGUCGGUUGCCGACGUCAACAGGUCGGACAUUGAGGCAAUCCGGAGAACCAUUAUUCAGUUUGAGAUCAAUGCUAACUACCCGCUAAGGCCUUGCAAGUGCUUUACCAACCUCCAGUGUAUAUGGGUGCAACGGGUAUUAGCAAUCUCCGUUUUCUUCAUGUUUUGCUUCUUCAUUGUUGCCGUGUACCCAUUGUUGUUUGGGGCUUUGUUGACGUUGCCCGUGGCAUCCUAUUUCCAUGUAUUCUAUAGCGGUGCCUUGCGAGCUCAAAUCUGCUCGCCUCCGUUUUCGUGCAGCGACGCCGACUGUGACGAUGCGUUCGUCAGUCCAGCCUCGUGGCCGUUCUUGCCUUUAGAUGUUUCGAUCGACGAGGAGCGCAGUUUAUACGUGGUUGUGGGCAUCGUGGUGCUCUCUAUGAUUGGCAUUCAUAUUUCCGAGGCGCUGUCGCUUUUCCGAGAAGGUUCGCUGUCUGGGGGUAAGUCUUGGCAGAGGUCCCUAAAGCAUUUCGUCCGUGGCUUCGACUCUAUGAUGAAGAGGGUCCUCGCUCUGAUGGUGCUGAGGAAAGCUGUGAUGACAACCAUUCUGUUUUCGCAAAUGGUGAAUUACGGAGAGGUUGGGCAGAUUGCUCAAGUCGCCCUAGGCCAGAUGGGACAGAAACUCAAGCCACCGCCGGAAGUUCCACAGGGGUGGUCCCUCGAUUUUGACUUAGGUAACUUUUCUUUCCUGACUGGUUUGGAUAAGAUGGAACUUCGCGGUGGGGUCAAUGUGAUCAAGUUUGAUUCUUGGUACACAUGUGCCAACUAUACCAUGUCUCGUUGGCAAGCGAAUAAUAUGCUUAAGGUCAAGAAUAGAUCCACUUUGGAGAUUAGCGACCAUCCUGGGACUCCUGACGUUGGUGUGCAUCGACUCGACGACACCUGCGGCGACUGCAACUUCGUGCCGCUGACGGCAGUUUUUAACCUCAGUCUGGACGACGGUAGCCCGCACGAGCAACCUGCUUGUUGCCCCGGCGGGCACAGGUAUUUUUGGCACGACCUGGCGUAUGGUGCAUACUACUGGGGCAACGCGGGGAGGAUUGGCGAGGCCUGGAGCGGCGAGGGGCCGCUGAACUCCUCCCGAGCCAACUUCUACAGCGCGUGGUUUCAGAGCUGCCGGAGCCAGUACGAGGCCAUGUGCUUCAUCCCUCCCCAGACAGUGGGCGGGUCUUAUAUCACUGGAUGCUGCAGUGCCGAUUUUACGCUGCUUCUGGUAGGAGUCGGGAUUUCUUUGCUGAUGGUUGGGUGCUUUCUGUAUCGAAGACGCCUACGGCGAGCCAUCGCCUCAACCUUCCUGAUCGACGCGUCUGUGUGCCCAAACGUUGGGCCAAAGCCUGGUCAAGAGGCACGGUGGCGGAUCGUAUUUGGGCCAGCCGUGGCAGUGUAUUUCAUUGGGUCAAUCGUUCAGUGGCGAACCCUCGGCCCGUUGACGGCCAGCCCAUCAGCUGCUGGGGAAGGACAGACACUUGUUGCCCGUGUAUUGCCGUUCACGCAUGUCUCAGGUGAGGUACUUUUUGGUAUUCUCAUGGUCCUCACCAUCGCCCUGUUCCCCUUUCUUGGGUAUAUCCGGCGCGUGUCCAACAAAUACUACCGCAGCUGUCUGGUGAAUUCGUAUUACCACGGAGGUAAGGAUGUGCUCCUCUCCGAGUGCGCUGAGGUACCUCUAUGCCCAAACCUCCUGUUUGGUUCUACGCUCCUUUUGCACCGGAGCGAGUAUGACCAGAAGAGCUCCUUCGGGACGUUUUGCAUCUCCUCCCGCCUCAUCGGUGGCCCGAGGACCCGCUACGUGAAGACGCCAGCAGAGCUGUCUCUCGCUCAAGCCAUGGCCUGCUCUGCCGCCGCCGUCGACGCCGCAGCCCUGACUAAUUUUGACUCUUGGACGUCGCGCUUCUGGAUGUCCAUCUUCAAUUUCUCCCAAGGGGAUUGGCUUCGGGUCCACUCGCAGCGUCCUGGCUCGCGCUGCAGCCGCACGAAGGAUGCAUUGCCCUUUGCGAUCGCGUUUACGACGGUUCUGAUACUUGUGACGACCACAGACGUUGCCCAGACGAGGGGGUUCUGCGACUUGGGGUUUACCUGCAUGAUCGUCGCGGUAUGCCUCGGAAGCAUGUGUUUCGCCGCGACCUUCUUCAUGCCGCUCUCUUCUUGGCUGGUGCGGACUCUGCAGCCAUCCCCGCUGGUCAGGAUGUUGCAAAUGGUGUGCGUCCUCACGCCGGUGAUGGACAAGGAACCGCCGCCGUACAUGUACCUCGGGGAUGGUGGGCUUCUGGAGAACUCUGGCUGUCUGGAGCUGCUCUUUCGCCAGGUGCCCCUGAUAAUCGUAAUGGAGGCGGGCGACGACCCAGAGAUGCAGAUGAGCGUCUUCAAAAAGCUCCUGGCGCGCGUUCAGACUGAGCGCAUCUGCUCCUUCUUCGUCGAGGAGAACCCCCGCCAGAGCGUCUGGGAGGCGAUCGACGCGUACCAGAGGGACUCCUCCCGCACGUUCUUCAGCGUGGGCAUCCUCUACACGGCAGCGACCCCACGGGGCAGGCCGAGGCCGCAGGGCCCAGGAGGACCGGGCGCCUCUUCUGGAUCCAGAACCGCCCGGGCGGGCCGCGGGGCCCAGGCGAGCCACCAGCGUGGUCCUGGGUGAGCCGGCCGCAGUGGGGCAGCUUCUUCCCUCGCGCAGGC